AUGGAGGUUGAACGUUCGGAACCCGAGGGAGCCGACUCGGUGGCCCGGGUGGUAGUGAAAGCUUGCGACCCCUGUCGUGUCAGGAAGUGCAAGACCUCGGCAAGACAGCCUGAGAAGAAGAAGCGAAUCCUAAUUUCCGCUAGCUACGAGAAGGAGGUUAAAGGCGUCAAUGAACGCCUUGCCAAUCUCGAGAAGACCAUCCACGCCCUUGUUGCGACUCCAAGGUCCCCAGCCGAUAUAGAUGAUCGAUUUCAACGUACCAAUAUCGUCAGAUCGCCUAGAGCCUUGGAAGAUGGCCAAAACGUCCCGUUCGAGGGUGCUUCGUCCUUCGCAGCACACUCGAAGCAAGUCUCGCAAGCUUUCAGAUCCGCCGCCACUUCUGCGGGCCUUCCAAGCGAAUCACUCUCGACUUCAGGCCUGGGGAGAGACCAUUUCAACGAUGAGAAAAAGGGACCUGUCGAAGAUCUUUACGAGCUCCCACCAAUGUCACUAGUACUGAAGACUCUAAGAGCUGCCAAAACGAACCCGAAGAGGUACUUUCCUGGUCUGUCGGAUUUGAACGUCACAAGCAUGAGCGACAUGUGCCAGAAAGUUUACUUCCCUACCGAGGACUGCUCGACUGCAUUUGUAACUGUGGUGAUCUGUGGCCUAUGGAAAAUGUUCCAUAACUUCGGAGAGCGCGAUCUGCAUCAACACGGACUCGACGAGCUAGAGUUCGAGCGUGCGAGAGCGCUUUGCAAGAGGAGCUUGGACGAUGCGGCUCGCUGUACUCCACUGCUCAUCGAGCACUCGUAUAGGCAGAUCCAGGCUCUGCUUCUUCUGUCUGUAUUCCUGCUUGAAACCUCGCGGCCGUCCUUAGCCCUGUCCACCAUAUCCGCUUGCGCUCGUGCCUGCCAAGACGGAGGCUAUCAUUGUUUGAAGAUCGACAGCCCUGAUCCCCAGGCCCAGCAGAAGAUCAUAACCUUCUGGUUCGUGUUCUCAAUAGACCGAGGGCUAUCUCUGAACUUCGGACGGAGCCCAUCUCUGCAGGAUUACGACGUCACUGCCAGCCGACCCACUCUUGUAGAGGCGCAGGGAGAUCGCGAUCUAUUCUUCUGUUUCGUCAGCGUUGAGCUGGGGUACUUGCAGGGGGACGUAUAUGAACAGCUUUAUUCAGGCCGUGCCCAGUCCGAGAGCGCCAAUGUCAAAGCCCAGCGUGCCCGCGUCCUCGCAGACCGGAUGAUACGCUUGCGUCAUCAGCUACUCUCGUUCGAAACCAGUGACGACAUAUCGGCCAUGCAUAUGAUCGAGGAUUACGGCCUGGUACUGCAGUCGCAUCUGGCGUUGAUAUACCGGGCAAUCCCCUCUACCCGAGGCGACAGCCCUCUCCACUUCAGCGAUGAGUGCGUGACCGCUUCCCGUGCAGCCAUGGAAGGCUACAAUGCAGCCUGGGAAAAGUACCGAACCAGAGAAGGCACGGCUUGGAAGACUGGAAUCAACUGGACUUAUCUCUUCUCGCCCUUCACGCCCUUCAUCGUCCUCUUCGGCGAGGUCGUCACCUUCAAGAACGAAGCAGACCUGAAGCUAAUGGAGGUCUCCCUCGAGACGCUGAAAUCAGCUGCGCAACACUCCUCCGGCCUUACCAAGCUGCACGACGCCUGCGAGAUGUUCUUCAACCUGGCGAAAGCGUACAUGGCGAAGACGAUCAAUAAUGGAGAGUCUUACAACGGCCCUCUGCACCAGCUGCCCUCGAUGGGGGCCUUCGAUCAGACAAACCUUCACGGGCUAGACUGGGACGCGAUGCUCGACGAUUGGGACCUUGGUCUGGGUGGCGAAAACGCGCGGGAGAUGUCAUCCUUUUUGACAGGGAGCUUCUUCUCAUAG